UAAUUUUUGGAGCAAUAACGGCGUGCUAAGCUUUUGUCUUCUGAAACCUGAAUAGCGUUUAAACCCUCACCUAAACCCCUCUGGGUUCGUCAAAUCGGAUGUAAAAAUGUCGUUUUUAAUAUUGGGAAGAAGAUCAACGCAGCUCUCUCGAUUCCCCACACGUAGACUCCUCUUAUCUUCUUGCCCUUUUACUUCCCUUUCUCCUCAAUCUCCUAAUAAUUCCAUUCCCAAUAAUAGAUUAUCAAUUUUUCAUUAUUCUUGGUACAAUUCAUCCAAUAGAAGAAGAAAUAAAGGGUUCGCUUCAAUUUUCAAUGGAAAUACAAAAACCCCAUCAGGGUGUGUUCGGUUUUUGAGCUCAGAGGUUGCUGUUGAGCCGAUUACUACCGAUGGGCUUACUGUUGAGGGAAUUAUUGCUAAAAAUUGGAAUAUACUUGAUGAUAGUGAGGAGGAUUGGAAAAGCCAUGCUUCUUCCAUUGCUCAGUCUAUUCAUCUUAUCAAGAAACGCCUCAGGUGGAAAAGGCUGAUUGAUAGGCUUAAGGUGCUGUCCACUCAGCUCAAUAAGGCAGAUCUUUGGGAUGACCCUGUCCAUGCUGGGAAGAUCAGCCGUGAACAUGGUUCUUUAAUGAAUAAAAUAGAGGAUGUUAUGGCAAUUGAACAAGAGUUGGUUGAACAUAUUGACAUGAUUAAGCUUGCCCGGGAAGAGAAUGACCCAGAGUUGGAAUCGGAAUCAGUGAAAACUCUACUCAUGAUUAGAAGGAAUGUGAAAGAAAAAGAGCUUGAAGCUUUAUUAUCUGGGGAGCAUGAUUAUUGUUCUUGUUUUAUAGAGGUGCAAGCUGGAGCUGGCGGUACUGAGAGCAUGGACUGGGCUUCAAUGGUCAUGCAGAUGUACAAAUUGUGGGCUCAACGUAAAGGAUAUGGUGUUUCUGUUGUGGAUGAAAUGCCUGGUGAGAUUGCAGGAAUCAAGCGUGCAACAAUCAAAGUUGAUGGUGAAAAUGCUUUUGGAUAUGCCAAAUCAGAGGUAGGAGUGCAUCGUCUGGUACGCAUCUCACCAUUUGAUAGUGCAAAGAGAAGGCAUACUUCCUUUGUUGCAGUUGCUGUAAUUCCAAUUUUGGGAGAUGGAUCUACCCGUGUUCAAAUCAAUGAAUCUGAUCUUCGAAUUGAGCGUUUUCGAUCAGGAGGAGCUGGUGGUCAGUCUGUUAAUACAACUGAGAGUGCUGUCAGGAUAACUCAUAUUCCCACCGGCAUCACUGCCUCUUGUCAGAAUGAAAGGUCACAGCAUUCAAACAAGGCUUCUGCCAUGGCUGUGCUUCAAUCACGUUUGGACCAACUUGAGAUGGCACGACAGGCGCAGAUGAAUGCACAGCAUACCCAGUCUCUCACUGAGAUCAGUUGGGGCAACCAAAUACGUACUUACGUGCUUCAUCCUUAUCGCAUGGUCAAGGAUCUCCGAACAAAUUAUGAGGUUUCAGAUCCUGAUUCUGUGCUUGAAGGGGAACUUGACGAAUUCAUUUUAAGCUUUCUUUCGACAUCAUUAGACAAGGAUGAAGAAUGAUCCCUUAACCUUAACUUUUGGGUUCCCCUAGCCAGUUGAUAGUGAAAUUUGAUAACAUAACUCCAAUCUCAGCUCUCAGCUCCACUUUGUGGCACCGGGAGGUGGCUUUACUCGUGCCUUAUAUUGCAGGAGAAAAAUCUCAGAGAAGUUAUUUUUGGUCACAAUACAUCAUUCUUGCUAGUUCAUGGGAAUAACAUAUACUGGUGUGCUGAAGUUUCACCAUCUGGAUCACAUCAUUUAUACGAAGUUGAUGAAAUACUAUCUUUGGAUCAAGCUACUACUCCCUUGCUAGGGAACCACUUUAUUUUAUCCAAGGUCUGUAAUGACUCUGUAACUAUUUUUAUCAAAUAAAAGAAAAGAACCAGUCAAACUGA